UGUGAUAUGGGAGGGGUUCUUGGCGCUCUUAAACAUGGCUAAUCCCACUACCAAAUAUUAAAUGUCAAUGGGCGAUGGCUAACAUUUUGAUUGAACGAAAAUGCGCAUUCUUUGGGAUCGAAAACUGGAAGCCAUUUUAGAUUCCGAACCCCUGUUUCCAUCGCUUUGAGCCGAGGCAAUUCAAUUUCGGUGACCAGAUAGCUUCUAGUUUGAAGUGUAAUCUCGCCUAUACGAGUGGAGCUUUUAUCUCGGCUGAUUUGGCUCGGAGGAGUAUCCAUCGCUGACCCACAUACGUACUUUCCGCAUUAUGGGGCGGUGCACAAAGGUGGGCUGGCACUGGCUCUGGCUCGGCGAUUAUGAGCGCAGGAGGAGUGUCUCCGAGGGGCUGGAGGAAUGGAGUGGACUGGCCUACGGCCCUCUGGACGCUUAUCAGCGAAGCAGGCGAUCCAGCGAGCUGCAUUCAGUUCGCUGCCACCGGACGAGCAGCAACGCGGUGCCGGGCAGUCGAGUCCGAUCGGAUCGGAUCGGAUCGGAUCAAAUCGAAUCGAAUUGAGCAAAUCGAAGUGGAACGGAAUGAGCCACAGCAACGUGAUCUGCCCGAUCUGUACGGAGCUCUGCCGCAGCACGGACCCCUUGACCGCUGGCAGCUGUGGGCACGCCUUCCACGAGGAGUGCCUGAAGCGCUGGCGAGAGCAAUCGAGAACUUGCCCAAUUUGCCGCUGCCAGGAUGCGACGUUCUUUCAGCUCUAUCUGAACUUCGAGGAGUCGCCGCAAAGUGGACUGCCCCAUGGGGGUGGCAGUGGCAGUGGCAGUGGCAGUGGGGGCGGGCGCGAUCAGAGCCAAGGUCACAGCAGCAGCAGCAAUAGCAGCAAUAGCAGCCUUGACUACGAGGGAAUCAUGAGGGAGUACGAGAACCUGCUGUACGAGACGGGCGUCUACCAGGAGGAAAUCAAAUAUCUAAACGAAUUCAUUGGAACUCUGCGGAAUUCUUAGCUUUGCAAGCUGCACGGCGAUUCGGAUUCGGAUUAUGAUUGAGAGCAGAAAACAAACACGAACAGCGCCGAUGUAAACAUUUCGUUAUCUACAAUUUCAGCCGAUCGAAUUUCAAUCCAAUUUUCGGCAAGCCGAAGCCUAUAUACCCUUCCAGUCACCAAAAUUGUCGGGCCAAAUGCAUGAAGGCUAAAUUAACAUGACAACUAUAUGCUAUUGGGGUCCAAUUUUCAUGAAAUUCAAGAGUCCUAAGAAAACACCAUCUGCUUCAGUGUUUUGCAAGAUUUUGACUGAAGUUAUAAUACCCUCUCCAAGGGUAUUAUUAUAGGCACAGAUAAGCCAAGCGAAAAAGGCUGAGACCAACUAAAGAGGCAACAGAACAAUACACCCAAAAUACAAAAAUACGAUUAAUCUUUGUAGGACCGGGUUAGCCUAUUAAAGAUUUAAAUAAUUUUAAGCUCGGAAGUUGUAUAUAUUCUAUAUGCAUUUUCUAUGAAUUACAAGUUUCGACAUUUAGCUCAAAUUUGA